AUGUAUAAUAGUAAAGAAAAAAAUGAGGAGGUACAAGCAAUAUCUGUAGCAAAUGAAGCACUUAUAGCACAUAAAGGGAUCAAAGUUUACAUUUCACAAUUUACAACUCCUUAUCAAAGAUGA